UAACACUCUACUCCCAGCUGCUGCAGGCCUACAAGUGGUCCAACAAGGUAACAUGCUAACACUCUACUCCCAGCUGCUGCAGGCCUACAAGUGGUCCAACAUGCUAACAUGCUAACAUGCUAACACUAUACUCCCAUCUGCUGCAGGCCUACAAGUGGUCCAACAAGGUAACAUGCUAACACUCUACUCCCAGCUGCUGCAGGCCUACAAGUGGUCCAACAAGCUAACAUGCUAACACUAUACUCCCAGCUGCUGCAGGCCUACAAGUGGUCCAACAUGCUAACAUGCUAACAUGCUAACACUCUACUCCCAGCUGCUGCAGGCCUACAAGUGGUCCAACAAGCUAACAUGCUAACAUGCUAACACUGUACUCCCAGCUGCUGCAGGCCUACAAGUGGUCCAACAAGCUAACAUGCUAACACUAUACUCCCAGCUGCUGCAGGCCUACAAGUGGUCCAACAUGCUAACAUGCUAACACUAUACUCCCAUCUGCUGCAGGCCUACAAGUGGUCCAACAAGCUAACAUGCUAACAUGCUAACACUAUACUCCCAGCUGCUGCAGGCCUACAAGUGGUCCAACAUGCUAACAUGCUAACACUAUACUCCCAUCUGCUGCAGGCCUACAAGUGGUCCAACAAGCUAACAUGCUAACAUGCUAACACUAUACUCCCAGCUGCUGCAGGCCUACAAGUGGUCCAACAUGCUAACAUGCUAACAUGCUAAAACUCUACUCCCAGCUGCUGCAGGCCUACAAGUGGUCCAACAAGCUAACAUGCUAACACUAUACUCCCAGCUGCUGCAGGCCUACAAGUGGUCCAACAUGCUAACAUGCUAACAUGCUAAUACUAUACUCCCAGCUGCUGCAGGCCUACAAGUGGUCCAACAAGGUAACAUGCUAACACUAUACUCCCAGCUGCUGCAGGCCUACAAGUGGUCCAACAUGCUAACAUGCUAACACUGUACUCCCAGCUGCUGCAGGCCUACAAGUGGUCCAACAUGCUAACAUGCUAACACUGUACUCCCAGCUGCUGCAGGCCUACAAGUGGUCCAACAAGCUAACAUGCUAACAUGCUAACACUCUACUCCCAGCUGCUGCAGGCCUACAAGUGGUCCAACAUGCUAACAUGCUAACACUAUACUCCCAGCUGCUGCAGGCCUACAAGUGGUCCAACAUGCUAACAUGCUAACACUGUACUCCCAGCUGCUGCAGGCCUACAACUGGUCCAACAAGGUAACAUGCUAACAUGCUAACACUAUACUCCCAGCUGCUGCAGGCCUACAAGUGGUCCAACAAGGUAACAUGCUAACAUGCUAACACUAUAUUCCCAGCUGCUGCAGGCCUACAAGUGGUCCAACAUGCUAACAUGCUAACAUGCUAACACUGUACUCCCAUCUGCUGCAGGCCUACAAGUGGUCCAACAUGCUAACAUGCUAACACUGUACUCCCAGCUGCUGCAGGCCUACAAGUGGUCCAACAAGCUAACAUGCUAACACUCUACUCCCAGCUGCUGCAGGCCUACAAGUGGUCCAACAAGCUAACAUGCUAACAUGCUAACACUAUACUCCCAGCUGCUGCAGGCCUACAAGUGGUCCAACAUGCUAACAUGCUAACACUCUACUCCCAGCUGCUGCAGGCCUACAAGUGGUCCAACAAGCUAACAUGCUAACACUCUACUCCCAGCUGCUGCAGGCCUACAAGUGGUCCAACAUGCUAACAUGCUAACACUAUACUCCCAGCUGCUGCAGGCCUACAAGUGGUCCAACAUGCUAACAUGCUAACACUAUACUCCCAGCUGCUGCAGGCCUACAAGUGGUCCAACAUGCUAACAUGCUAACACUCUACUCCCAGCUGCUGCAGGCCUACAAGUGGUCCAACAAGGUAACAUGCUAACAUGCUAACACUGUACUCCCAGCUGCUGCAGGCCUACAAGUGGUCCAACAAGCUAACAUGCUAACACUAUACUCCCAGCUGCUGCAGGCCUACAAGUGGUCCAACAUGCUAACAUGCUAACACUGUACUCCCAGCUGCUGCAGGCCUACAAGUGGUCCAACAAGCUAACAUGCUAACACUAUACUCCCAGCUGCUGCAGGCCUACAAGUGGUCCAACAUGCUAACAUGCUAACACUAUACUCCCAGCUGCUGCAGGCCUACAAGUGGUCCAACAAGCUAACAUGCUAACACGCCAACACUAUACUCCCAGCUGCUGCAGGCCUACAAGUGGUCCAACAUGCUAACAUGCUAACAUGUUAACACUCUACUCCCAGCUGCUGCAGGCCUACAAGUGGUCCAACAAGCUAACAUGCUAACAUGCUAACACUCUACUCCCAGCUACUGCAGGCCUACAAGUGGUCCAACAAGCUAACAUGCUAACAUGCUAACACUAUACUCCCAGCUGCUGCAGGCCUACAAGUGGUGCAACAUGCUAACAUGAUAACAUGCUAACACUAUACUCCCAGCUGCUGCAGGCCUACAAGUGGUCCAACAAGGUAACAUGCUAACAUGCUAACACUGUACUCCCAGCUGCUGCAGGCCUACAAGUGGUCCAACAAGCUAACAUGCUAACAUGCUAACACUAUACUCCCAGCUGCUGCAGGCCUACAAGUGGUCCAACAUGCUAACAUGCUAACACUAUACUCCCAGCUGCUGCAGGCCUACAAGUGGUCCAACAAGCUAACAUGCUAACACGCUAACACUAUACUCCCAGCUGCUGCAGGCCUACAAGUGGUCCAACAUGCUAACAUGCUAACAUGUUAACACUCUACUCCCAGCUGCUGCAGGCCUACAAGUGGUCCAACAAGCUAACAUGCUAACAUGCUAACACUCUACUCCCAGCUACUGCAGGCCUACAAGUGGUCCAACAAGCUAACAUGCUAACAUGCUAACACUAUACUCCCAGCUGCUGCAGGCCUACAAGUGGUGCAACAUGCUAACAUGAUAACAUGCUAACACUAUACUCCCAACUGCUGCAGGCCUACAAGUGAUCCAACAUGCUAACAUGCUAACACUAUACUCCCAGCUGCUGCAGGCCUACAAGUGGUCCAACAAGUUGCAGUAUCAUGCUGGCUUGGCCUCCAGUUUGUUGAACCAGCAGUCACUCAAACGAUCGGCCAAUCAGAUGGGAGCUUCAGCCAAGAGACGACCCAAAGUCCAACCCAGUACCCUGGUACUGCCUCCUCAGUACGUGGAUGAUGUCAUCUCGAGGAUCGGCAGGAUGUUUCCUGAUCUGACCAUCGAGCUGUUCAGACCCAACGGGACGUCUGCUGUGCUGCUGGUGACUCUGGGGAAGGUGUUGAAGGCGAUAGUUGUGAUGCGUUCGCUGUUCAUUGACAGAACUGUUGUUCGAGGAUUCAACGAGAACGUUUACACCGAGGACGGGAAGCUGGACAUCUGGAGCAAGUCUCAGUACCAGGUGUUCCAGAAGGUAACGGACCACGCCACCACCGCCCUGCUGCACUACCAGCUCCCCCAGAUGCCCGACGUGGUGGUACGAUCCUUCAUGACCUGGUUGCGGAGCUACAUAAAGCUGUUCCAGUCUCCCUGUCAGCGCUGUGGACGGUUCCUACAGGACGGACUUCCUCCCACCUGGAGAGACUUCAGGACUCUGGAGGCGUUUCACGACACCUGCCGCAUGUAGACACUUCCUGUGUGUGUUUUGUACAAAGAAUUUUGAAUAAAGUGUAGUUGUUUUUUUUCCUU